AUGAUUACAUUAUGCAGCCGUCGAACCUUGUUGCUGUUCUCGUAUGAGCCAAGCAAACUUCAAUUAGGGAGAAACGUCAUAAGCUAUGUCAAUUUCUUCUUAUCACUGCUUCAUACUCAUAGUUACUCUUCAUUGACUGUCUUUCAUAUCAGAAAGAGAGCUCUCUACCUCAUUCAACUUCAUAUCCUUCUACUUCCCUGA